CCGUUCGGGCUCUCGGGCCGGAGGGGCUCGACAGGUCCGGGCUCUCCCGCGCUAGCAUAACGCUACGGUUCCCUCGAAACCCGGUGAUCGGGGACAAGUUUUCGUCGCGGCACGGGCAGAAGGGCGUCAUGUCUAUCCUGUGGCCGGCGGAGGACAUGCCCUUCACGGAGUCGGGGCUGUCGCCCGACGUGAUCAUCAACCCGCACGCCUUCCCAUCGCGGAUGACUAUCGGGAUGCUUAUCGAGUCCAUGGCCGGCAAGAGCGGUGCCAUGCACGGCACCUAUCAGGACGCUACUCCGUUCGCUUUCCAUGAGGAAGAUCGGGUCAUCGACCACUUCGGCGAGCAGCUGCGCUCCGCAGGGUACGCCUACCACGGGUCGGAGCCCCUGUACAGCGGGGUUACAGGGACGGUGAUGCACGCUGACAUCUUCAUCGGACUGGUGUACUACCAGCGCUUGCGACACAUGGUGUCGGACAAGUCCCAGGUACGAGCCACGGGCCCCGUGAACCAGCUCACGCGGCAGCCCAUCAAGGGCCGGAAGAACAAGGGCGGCGUCCGGCUGGGGGAGAUGGAGCGCGACGCCCUCCUGAGCCACGGCGCCGCCUUCCUCCUCCACGACCGCCUGAUGAACUGCUCCGACCGCCACAUCGCUCACGUUUGCUCCACGUGCGGCUCCCUCCUGUCGACCUCUGCCCGCCGAGGGGCCGUGGCGACGGCCGGGCAGAGCGCGGCGGCGGCGGCGGCGGGGGCAAGGGAGGCAGGGGGCGGGGGAGAGGGCAACGGCGGGGGGGGGAUCCGCUGUAUCACGUGUCCGGCUAGCGGUGGGAAGGGGGGGGGCAAGGUCGUUGCCGUGGCGAUGCCGUACGUGUUUAGGUACCUCGCGAACGAGCUCGCGGGGAUGGGUAUCAAGCUCACCCUCAAGACGAGCUGAGCUUGGGCGCGGGCGGCGGGGGGGGGGUGAAGGGUCCCUCUGCCGCGGCCCUUGUUUCAAUAGCACUAUAAUAGGGCACCUCUUGUGUGUAUAUAAUUAGACCUUUUGAGUGUUUUUGCGAGGCUCGAAGUGAGUACAGUACAUGUAGUCGGACCACGAAGCGCGGGGGGGUGGUUUCAGGCUCUAUUUAGCCUUCGAUUCUUGUUGUUGUGAACGGACGCCAUUCUCGUAAUCCGCUAGUCGCAGAGGUCGUGAGUUCGAAUCCCCAUGGGGUGAAAAAAUUACGAGAUUUGCGGGUGAAAGCGAAAUAUAGCUAAAAAGCUCUCGUGAGUACCAAACUUUGACGUUAGCACCGUUGACGAGGGAAAGGGACGGCUGGACCCUUCUCGCGAUAAAAAUAAAAUUCAGCACGCACCGCAGGAGGAAGGUGGGGCAUGAAAAGAAAUAAAAAGAAGAAAAAAGCCCUGGUGUUUACCCCCU